AUGACAGAAGAAGCCGGUGAAAAGACAAGCAGCGAGCUGCCUACGAACUAUAACCUGAGAAUGUUCCUCCUAUGCGUGGCAUUGUUCGUUUUGGUGGCAUUAAACUGCCCCAGCGCAGGGCAGACCUGUGAGAUUCCGGAAGGCGAUCGCCUCUUCAUUCUGACCAGGAUCAAGGCAAAGAUAGUAGAGGCCCUUGGGCCACCUCCGACCCAGUCUCCACUUUCCUCGCCGGCCCCGUCCCCAAGCCCACGGGCGAAACCCGAACAAAGGAACAUACGGAAAAGACACAGCAGGGUCCGCAGCGGUGGCCUCGAGGACGUUUCCCAGGUCAUUCUGUUUCCUUCUUCAGAUGUCCUGUGCGAGACGCCACAUUUCAAUGCUUCUCAAGAAGGACUUGCCAACAGUUUCACUUACGUCUUUCGUCCCUCUCCUCAUAUCCUGAGCCGUAAAGUUGUAUCAGUUCAGCUCUGGUUUUACACUGGAAGCGUUGACCUCGGCUUGUCCCAGAGCUUGCCUGAUGAGGAGCGGCUGGAUCGCGUCCCGCUUCACCCCACGCCACCAGCCCAAAACACAGGACAUGAGUACCAACCACCAUCAAGGGAAUCGCCUAGCCAUUCCGAACACCAUAUCAGUGAUACUGCCACCUCUUCUUUUAAUAGCACUGAUGAUGAAGAUGAUGAUGAUGACAAUGAUGAUGCUCAGCACCCACCGGUUGACCUCCAGGUACUGUCAGGCGAUAAAGCGGUGACUGUAGCAACACCCAAGGUGGAAAGAGUUGAUGACUGGACUGUUUUCUACCUGGCUCCAGCUUUUCAGAACUACCUGACCCAGGGCCUAUUUGUACUGCUGGUCCAUUGCCCUACAUGCCCGUGUACCAACCAGCCUGAAUUUACCCCAUUCCUUACCUACAGCACACGCCCUGCCCAUCGGAGUCGAAGGUCUAGGGUUCCCUGGUCACCCUCUGCUCUGGAGCUGCUGCAACGUCCUCCAGUAUCAGGAGUUGACAGCACCCAAUGCCACCGUGGCUCACUCAACAUAUCUUUUGGGGAGCUCGGGUGGGAUCAGUGGAUCGUUCACCCUGGCAGCUUCCAAUUCCACUACUGCCAUGGCACCUGUUCUCCUAACCACAGCUUGACCCAAGCAAUGCACUGGGGUUACUGUUGUGCUUCAUUGCCCAGCACCAUGAAGUCAUUAUGGGUGACCACCACGACAGAUGGCGGCUUCUCCUACAGAUACGAGACUGUACCCAACCUGUUGACUCAAGACUGCGCCUGUAGUUAAAACCACUUCUAUGAGCUCAUAUUUAAGACCUCUUCGCAAUAUCAAGAAAGUCCUCCUCA